AUGACGCUAGAGCAGCAUAAUUCCUACUACCGUUCCAUAUUCGAUAGGGUACGAGAAGAAUCGGCAUCACGAGAUGACAUCCCAAACGCCGUCAUGGAAAACCCGACAAAGGAGCUAACACUAACAUUUUACGGAAGGUGGAAUGAACACAUAUGUCUUGGUUGCGUUGAUUUUCACGACACCAAUGAUAUAAUCCACGUUGAGAUACAUGCCAAGGGGGAUGAACCUGACGGAGUCACCAAAGAUGAUCUCAUUCGCAGCAUUGGCGAGGUCUACAGAGGGCUUCAUGUGUAUAGCAAAUCGAAUAAAGAAACCGGCAUCAUUCUUAGUAACUUUGACUGGAUGGGUACGACCACACUAUGUAACCUGGAGGACAGCAUAUUGUACAUAGGCUAUAAACCGGUAACUCAACCGCCUUUGGUGAAGAUAGAGACGGAUGGAUUAGAGGGAAAAGGUGAUGGUGGGGAAAGAUAUGAAGUUACUUGGGAUCCGAAAGCUUUAGGGGCCGGAGCAUUAGCAUAUCAGGGUUAUAAUGCUGAUUACACAAAGAAGCUCAUGGUGGUAAAGGGUUGGAAUUUGGAAGAUUGGGACUUAAGCAUGACUUUCUAA